UCAGGUGUUUUGCCGGUUAUACGAUCGUAGUAGUUGGUGCAUUGAACUAUACGGUGCGUUUCUUGUUCUAAACAAAUGCGUAAACGGACAAAAGGCAAUGCAAAGAAAUUACAUUGUUUUGUUAAAUUUAAUUUCAAUUAGCUAAUAUUUGACCCGGAAAGUGUUUCACAUUUGGUGACAGUGAGGUUGUGAAAAAUUUGUUGUGUUUGGAAAUCUAUCCUAAGGAAUGAUAAAGGAAUGACUCUAAUGAGGAAUCCGUUGAGUUUUAAACUCCAAUGAAGCGACGAAUAUGACCUGGAGUGGCAUCACGAUAUUGGUGACUGCUUUAUUGCAUUCUACUUUAGCUUGUCAAUUUUAUCCCCAAGGAGAGUAUUUAAGGUUUGUUCGAGUCCCAGAGAAUUUAAAAGUGGGAGAGGAAGUACUGAAAAUUGAAGUUUAUCCCAGAAAUAAUUUGAAUCUUCAACCUGUAGACAGGGAUGAAGACGUCCAUUUCUUCACCUACAGAGAUAUAAAUCGCACAACAGUUUCGCUGCUUCUUGCAAAAUCCCUUGAGGAUCUAGUCGAUAACGAUAGUCCGAGAAAUGUGUUGAAGUUUAAAGUUACUUGUGACUAUGAUGAUGGAGAGGAUACUAUUACAUCCUCCUUGUCCGUCACGGUCUACGUCGAGGAUAUCAACGACCAUGCUCCCGUUUUCGAGGGCGCCCCCUAUCACAUUGACGUGGACGAAUUAACCCCUGUUGGUCUGACGGUAUUCCGAGGAAUUCGAGCAGCAGACCACGACAAACCGAAUACGCCCAAUUCAGACGUGCAAUAUGCAAUCGUCGCAGGAAACGAACGAGGCAAAUUUGCACUUGAGAGUAGCCACCAGGCCUUCCUCAUUCUCCGCAAAUCUCUGGAUUAUGACAGCGGCGACAGGGACUUCCUGCUUACCAUCACGGCGUCGGACAGAGGAACACCACCAAAAAGCACCAACGCCACCGUCCGCAUAAAGGUGAACGACAACGACGACCUUCCGCCAAAAUUUACAAAAGGUGUUUACAGAACGAAAAUCAAGGAAUUCUAUCCCAUCACGGGCGCUCGGAUCCACCAGCGCUUAAAGUUCAAUCCGUCCAUCCAUGCGUUCGACCAAGACCUUGCGAUAGAUUCUCCUAUUCGAUACGAUAUAAUUGCCGGCAACGAGAGGCACUUGUUCUCUCUAGAUCAUGUUAAUGGUUCCCUGUUCCUGGAGAGGGAAAUUGAUCUCGAUGCGGAAAGAUCCCUGCCAGGAAAUACCUUUGUAUUGCAAAUUCAGGCAUCUCAGAUGGACAACCCGCUAAAGACAGGUGUUGCCAGAGUAGAGGUUGAAAUAAUGGACUUGAAUGAUAACCUGCCGGAGUUCGAGGUUGACUUCUACAACAUAAGCAUUGUUGAGAAUCUGCCAAACGGAUUUAGCGUGCUGCAAAUCAUAGCCACCGACCAAGAUCAGGGGGAUAAUGCGGAAUUCUCGUACCAGUUGGAAGAUAAAAGUGGAGCCUUUACUCUCGACUCCAGGACCGGCUGGUUAACGGUCAGAGAUCAGACCGUUCUAGAUCGUGAGAAGAGGUCCACCAUUUCAAUGCGCGUUUAUGCCAAAGAAAAAGUACCGAGCGUGGUAACAAGUCAAUUAGGAGCCUCCUCUGUCAACAUCGAGGUUACCUUGCUGGACGCUAAUGACAAUAAUCCCACAUUCAUCCCUAAUAACUUGUACGAGUUCAUCAUAACGACUAAAGCUAAGAAAGGUGAUCUCGUGGGACAACUCCACGCUAUCGAUCCAGAUUUAGGAAGAAACGGAUUCGUGACAUACUCUAUACAGAAAGCGCCAAAUAGCAGCAUUCCGUUUGAAGUCGAUACCAAAUCUGGACAAAUAAUGGUGACACAGGAUGACCUGCAAGCCAGCGAACAUCUUCUGUUUGUCGAAGCAUCAGAUCAACCCGUCAAUCCCAGCGAAAAAAGAUCCGCCUUGGCUGUUGUUACUGUGGAUAUUCGGGAUCAGAACGAAAAUAGAGAGCCGGAUUUCAUUGGCGCUCCUUAUGAAUUCUGGGUGGGAGGAAAUGUGGAUAUCGGUACAAGUGUGGGACAAAUACGAAUUACUGAAUUCAACAACAUGGGAACCAUUUUAUACGACUUGCUCCAUAGUUACCACGAGGGAGUUCCUUUUGCUGUAGAAGAAAAAUCUGGAACGAUAACAGUUGUCGACGAUCUGAACAAAUUCAACCGCGAAAAUUACGAUUUUGAGGCUUUUGUUAAUAACGAAGGGGAUCUUAGUCUUGUAACUAACGUGACUAUUCACGUUGUUGACCCGAAAGACGAAAAAACCAUUCUUAUGAAAACAGGGACUACACCUAUAGAAUUUCACGUCAAAGAAAACGAACCAAACAUUCUUAUAGGAAAACUAGGCUUUAAAACUAAUGGUACAAAUAAUUUGAAAUUCACGAUAGCCAACCAGAAAGAUGUAACUGACCAUAUUUCAAUUACAUCGGAUGGUACAUUAUACACCCAAAAACCCUUAGAUCGAGAAACCAGGGAUAUUUACAGACUGACAAUUAUUGCUGAGUACAACAAAGGAUCUGUACUUGGUACCGGCAUUUAUCAAGUAAACGUUAUUGUAGAUGACGAAAAUGAUAACAAACCCCUUUUUGAAAGAGAAAGCUACGAAGGAAAAAUAACAGAGAAUUCUAAAUCUGGAACUGAGGUUGACUUGAACUAUCCUAUCCAUGUGAGCGACAGUGACGUUGGUCAUAAUGGUCAAUUUACUGUAACUAUUUUCGGAAACGGAAGUGAAUAUUUCCGACUAGAUCGAAACUUGGGUAAAAUUCAAUUCACUGGGGCGAAUACACCAUUAGAUAGAGAAACCACUAGUGUUUAUAAUUUAAGAUUAGUCGCUACAGAUGAAGGUGGACUAACUAGUGAAGCAAAACUGACGAUUCAAGUGGAAGAUGAAAACGAUAAUUCUCCUUUAUUUGUACAAUUUUACUUGUACCCAGAUAAGGGCAUAGAGGUUUUACAGUAUGACUCGACAGGUAGUCGAGUAGGACAUUUCGAGGAAGCGAGCAACUCUACUCCGGGAUUGUUUGUGUUAACACAAAACUUUUUGAGGAUCAGAAAACCAAAGGAAAAAAUAUCUCCCUUAGUAUCAUUACCAGAGGAUAUUGCUGUUGGAAGUUCGGUAAUAAAAGCUAUUGCAGAAGAUAAAGAUGACGGAGAAAACUCCGUGAUUAAAUAUGAAAUGGUUUCAGAAACAUACAUUCCCAACGAAUUAUCUUCAGCUCCUUUCCAUAUUAUCCAGUACUUCAUGGUGCAACCAACAACAGGAGAAGUUGUUAUAGCAAGGGCACUGCCCGCAGAAUCAGAAUUCAGGCUAAAUAUAUCAGCUACCGACAAAGGUGGAUUUAAAGACCACCUUUCUGUUAGAAUAACUGUAAGGGAUGUAAACGAUCACCCUCCUGUAUUCAAAAAGUCGUGGUACAACUUCGACGCUGAAGAAGCUUCUUACACAAGGAACACCUUGGGUAGAAUAGAGGCCACUGAUGCAGAUUUUGGUUCAAAUGCUAACAUAACUUAUUCGAUCAAAAAUAACUCAACUGUUCCAUUUAGUAUUUCCCCCACUACUGGAGCUUUACGCGUGGAUGGAUUAUUGGAUAGGGAAACACAAGAUAAAUAUUCCUUCGUGGUUGUAGCCAAAGAUAAUCCAAAAUCUGGUAAAAGUUUAAGUAGUUCCGUAAACGUUGAAGUUAACGUGUUGGAUAUAAAUGAUAAUCCACCUGUAUUUUAUGGAUAUGACGACUUGAUACCCAACCCCGAAGCAAAUAACUUUAGCAACCAUAAUUAUCAGCAAAAAAUCCCAGUGUAUUACGCGACUGCUGCAGAAAACAGUCCAAUGGGUACGCCAAUAACGCGUGUGUUCGCCAACGACUCAGAUUUCACAGGAAACGGCAAUGGUCUUAUUUUGUUCGACAUUCCUUACAGAAAAAGUAGGCAAAAUUUAUUCGCUAUCGACUCCAAAGAAGGCAUCGUCACGACAAUAGGAAAGCUGGACUACGAAUCUGAAAAGUCGCACAACAUAACCAUUCUGGCUUCAGACCUUGGGUCACCAAGCCUGAGCUCCACGGCCAUCCUGAUUGUAAAUAUAAUAGAUGUACCGGAAGACAUUAAAUCCAUAGAACGUCCCGUGUUCGCACAUCGGUAUUAUGAGGUGGAAGUGGAGGAAAACGUCCCCGUCCCACUGAGAGUCCUCACGUUGAACGUUACCGAGCCCUAUAGAUCACACAAAUUACGUUACAGCAUCGUGGCGGAGAACUCCAGCGAUGUCAAGCGUACAUUCAGGAUUGAUCCCAGGAAUGGUUCCUUGUAUAUUAUAGAAAGCCCAGACAGAGAACAAAAAGCACUGUACGAGCUAAUAAUCCGUUUGGACCAGUAUAAAGUCGGGAGGGAUAUGACCGUUAUGAUUUAUCCAGUGACAAAUGAGCGUCUGGGUAACUUAGGACUAAAUGAGGUUAAAGUCAUUGUUCGAGUGACAGAUGUAAAUGACAACGCUCCAAAGUUUACUGUAACUGGACGUCCCAUGAUAGCAGCUAUUCCGACAACAGCUAACUAUGGUUACAACGUGAUAAGGUUACAGGCGACCGAUCCGGAUCUGGGAUUGAACGGUGAGGUGCGCUACCAGAUACUUAGUCGAGCCGACGAAGCCAGCCGUCGAUUCGCCAUUGAUCCGGUCACUGGGCAGGUCAGGGGGAUUUCCACUUUCACGAAAGAAGCUGGAAAAGUCUUUGGUUUUGACGUUAAGGCCACUGACAGGAGUGGGGCUGAUGAUGGGAAAAGUUCCAUCGCCAACGUUUUCGUGUACGUUCUAGACGAGCAAAAGCAGCUCGUCAUGGUAAUGGGCCUGAAACCAACCGAAGUAGAAAAAAGCAUGAAUAACAUAACCAGUGCCUUGUACAAUGCCACGGGAUUCGAUAUUCGAGUUCGUAAGCUGGAGCCCCACAGUGAAAGAAACCAAGUGGAUAAUAGCGCAACCGACAUGUAUUUGUACGCAGUAGAUCCUCUACUAAACACAGUCGUCGACAUGGACCGUUUACAAAAGGUAUUGCAAUCGAAACAAAAUGAAAUAGAGAACAAAUUGGAAGGUCCUAAGGUCCUUGCGGUGGUCAGUGGACGAACCGAGAGGAUUCAACACAGGAGCAGAAGAGUGCUUCUUUCUUCCUUGGAGGUCUGUGUGGUCGUAUUGGGAUGUGUUGUGUUCUUCGGUGCCUUGACCACAGCCAUCUGCGUUAUUUGCAUUCGAAGGAGAAAGCGAAGAAUGCUCGAGAAGAGCUUCUCUCAGCCGUUGGGUUACACAAUAGCAGCAGGCGCUCUCGGCAAAGCCGGCCUCUUUCCGUCCACGUUCGGGGAGGACCUCCACUAUACUGGCGCAGGCGUACACGACAUGACGCAGUCUCCUACUGGAUACCUCCAUCGCCACGAUACUAGCUGUCCCGCCAUGACGAUGCGCAGGCCCCAAUUCCGCGAGAGAUCCAGGAGCUCGGGCUGUAUGGAGAAGUCCGUCACGUCGUUGCAUUCCAGCGGACAGGAUUCCGGAAUUGUGGACGGUGCGUUGCAUUGCCAAUGCGAACAGUCCAGUAGCCAGAGCUCAGAGGACAGUUGUAACAGUUAUGAAGACUCCUUACAGUCGGUGCCAGCAAGGAGAAAGAACAGGGACACAAGCGUGGCACAAUUCAACACAACUUCAAGAAAUACUCAACAUAGGAGAUCUAGAAACCGAUCGAUCUCGGAAGACGUUAUUCCAACACCUGGAGGCCUCCACAGGAUUCAGAGUCUGACGCAUCUUCCUGCGGCUCCAGCUGCUAUAUUUAUUCCUGGACCGUCUGCCCUUCGAAGGUCUACAGAAAGACUUAUGAUGACGUGUCCUAGAAAUACGUAAUAUUUGACGACUGCUCCGAGGAAUGUGACUGCAAUUACAAACUAAUUUAAGGUGUGAAUGUGGGCUUUAAUAAUUUUGCUAUAUAAAGUGAGUACAACUGUUAUGGAUGCAAUCUGGAUUAUUGUAACAAAUUUAGGAAAAAAAUAAUUUUUCAGUUCCAAAAAAGAAUUGAAUGAUAAUAAUAAAA